AUGCACAAUAUCGGCAGCUCGUAUAACAUUCAUCUCGAAUUCCAUGAGGAAGGACACCGACUGCCGCCACGGAUGAUCCCGCAGCGCAGGAAUGUAUCUAAAAUUAGGGCGACGUCUCCCAGUAACGUGAGCUCGGCGCACAGGGAGCGGGGAAGGCCCGGCCCGGCACAGGCUCCCAUAUCUUUCGGCUUCACCCGCAGCUCCAAGCCGAAGCUGAGACCGCUCGGCGUCCCGGAACCCCGGGAGGAGGAGAAGAAGGAGUACCUGCUGGGGGCGGAGGGGAAGGAGCUGCUCAGCGUGACCCCGGCCCCGGUCUCCAAGCCUCUGGUGAUCCCCCUCAUACAGAAGAACAGGUGGUCCCUACAAAGCAAGACCAAAGACCAGUCCGAAAAUGGCGGCCCGCAGGCGGCGGCGGCGGUGGUGGUGGAGGAGGAAGAGGACGCCGUUCUCACGCAGGCUGUGCAGGAGCUGAUCGCAGAAUCCCGAAAGUCGGAGCAGAAUGACUCUGAGGCGGGUCAGACGAUCAGCAUCCCUCUGCUGAUGCAGAACCGAGUUCCUACCGGGUUUGAGGAUGGAGACAAAGUGAACGUGGAUCUGAGGCCGGAAUCUGCCGAGGUGGCGGACUAUGAAACGGUUCCCGUGGAGCAGUACGGCAUGGCCAUGCUUCGAGGAAUGGGCUGGAAGGAGGGAGAAGGCAUCGGAAAGACAUUCAAACAGGACAUUAAGCCGUUGGAACAGAAGUUACGACCUAAGGGCCUGGGAUUGGGCGCCGACCGAUCCGCUUUACACGAACUGGAGCCCAAGAAACCUCGCAAACCCUUGAAGCCCGGAGAUGAGGCAGAAGAAGAAUCCAAAGGCUUGGGCACCGGCAGCGCAGUGCUAAUACAGAACGGCACGCACAAGGACCUCUACGGCAAGGUAGAAGGCAUCGACGCAGACAAUUGCCGGGCUAUGGUAAAGCUCGCCAUUGGAGGAAAAGUGGUGACGGUGUCCCAGUUUGCAGUGAAGUUGGUCAGCAGCGCAGAGUACACGAAAUACGCCAAGGAUCUGAGUCGGUUAAGUAAAGUAGAGAAGAAGAAGCAGCAGGAGGAGGAGAGGGAGGAAAGGGAAGCCAAGGAGAAGAAGCACAAAGACCGCUCACCGGACAGGGAGAAGAGCAGGAGAGACCGAGAAGAGACCCGGGAGGAGAGCAGGAAUGAAAGUUCUAGCAGCAGAGACAAAAGACAUCAACCGAGGAGUCCCGACAGAGACAAAGAGAAGAAGAGACAGAAGCGGGAGGAGCCAAGCUGGUUACAUCGCGACUUGAAAGUUCGGCUCAUUGACAGACACUAUAAAGGAGGAAAGUACUACAACUCCAAGAUAUUGGUGGAAGAUGUCCUGAGCCCUACAACUUGCGUGUGUCGGACAGAAGGUGGACGCAUCCUAGAAGAUAUAAGACAGGAUAUGCUGGAGACCGUCAUACCCAAAGAAGAGGGGGCCCGGGUCAUGGUGGUGCUGGGCGAACACCGGGGGCAGGUGGGCAAAAUCCUGCACAGGGACAGACAGAAGAGCAGAGCUCUGGUGCAGCUCCAAGGGGAUCAUGAUGGCGCAGUCACCCUCAGCUAUGAUGUCAUCUGUCACUAUACUGGAGAUUUCGAGGACUACGAGGACUAAU